AUGUCUGGGCCAACUCGCGCAAGAGGUGUCUGUGCACGGCGCCGCAGAGCCAGCGGGCCAAGUGGGGCGUGGACCAGCAGGCGGCGCGCUCGAGAAACGGGCGGAAGUCGCCAGCCGCGCAUUCGAGGCGCGCGGCCACGUCGGCGGGCGCGGGCGCGGGCGCGAACAACUGGCGGCCGAACGUGGUGUACACGAUGCCGUCGCACACCAUGCGGCGCAAGUGCGACCAGCGGUCCUGGGCGUAGGGGCUGGUGGUGUCGCGGGCCAAGAGGGCGGCCACGUCGGCGGCCAUGUGUGCGGCGAGGCGGGAAGAAGAGGAAAAGGAAGAGCCAGAAGAGGAGGCAGAAGCAGAAGCAGAAGCAGAAGCAGAAGCAGGGACAGGGGCAGAAUCAGGGACAGGGACAGGGGCGUCGAGCGCCGCCACCACGGCGCGGAGGCGCACGAGGCGCCGCACCAACGGGGCGUACCGCGGCGGGCCGUGCGCGGCGAUGCGCGCAGCGAAAAACGACACGUUCGCCUCGAGCGCGCGCGCCGGCUCCAUCAUGCGCGGAAGCGCCUCGAGCGCUAUCGCAAGCAAGUAGGCUGGGCUCGCGCCGCGCUCGAGGCGCACGCACACCUGCUCGAAGAGAUAGUGGCGGUGGCGCGCGCGCGCGGCCAUGUCCCAAGAGCGCGGCCACGUCCAGCGCGGUCGAAACGGAGGGAGAAAUGGAAGAAAUGGAAGAAAUUGAAGAAGUGGCCGCUUGCUCGCACCGCCGAAGCUGCGCCACCCGGCCACGCCUCGUGCCACUUGGUCCUGGCCCGCCGCCGCGGCCACCACGCUCCGCACCAGCUUCUGCACAUGCUCCUGGAGCCGCAGCAAGUCGAGUGCGCACUGCGCAAGCGUCGCGCGGUCCACGAUGGCCUCGUUCCACACCACCCCCAAGUAGUUGUACUUGGACUCGCCGCGGCGGCCGAGGCGCUUGGCCCGGAGCUGCGGGAACGCGAGCUUGA